UUGUUUGUGUCAGCAGCAGAUGAAGUCCUUACUCGGCACUUUUAUCGUCGACCGAAAGUGUUUCUGGAGGACACAUGGAGGCUGAAAGCGAGUCGGGAACACUCGACGACGGCGUUCUGAGCGCCGAACAGCGGGAGAAACUGCGCUUGUUCAAAAUCCAGACGAGGAUCGACAACGAGAAGUACCUUAUGGCGCAUCCUGAGGUGGAGAUCUUGGUUGGAGAUUUUCUCAGGGAUGUCCUUCUUAAAAGGCCCACUGAUAUUUGUGCUUUUGCUGCAGAUCAUUUCACGAACCCAGACCUUCACAUGGUUAUUAAUGCUAAAAUGGAGACCAUAAAAACGGACUGAGAUGACGCCUGGUAGUAGUUGUGAUGGACAAAAAACAUGAAUUGUAUGCUGUAUGACGCUUACUGCUGGAUUUGUACACUGUUAAAAAAAUCUGCACAAUUUAUGGAUGUGGUUGCGAGGAAUUCACAUUAAAAAAAAUACAGUUACGAUGUGUAGGGCAUUACGUAUCCGAAAUUUCACAGUUGAUAACUGUUUUUACUUACGGUAAAUUCAUGUGAAAAAAAAAUGGAUACAUUGUUAAACUGUUCACAAAAAAUAUAUAGAAUUUACAGUAAAAUACUGGCACCUGUGGUUGGCAGAAACUCACCGUAAAGCAAAUUAGGGCCAAUUUUAGUGUUGCCAAUCAGCUUAUCUCCAGGGGGUGGGAGGAAGCCGGAGAGAAUGCGCACAGUUACGGGAAGAACAUGCAAACUCCACACACAAAGACCACUAGCCAGGGUAUCAAACCCAGGACUUUCCAACUGUGGGGCACAAACGCUAACAGCAUCUUCUGCCCUAUCACCAAUACUGGUAUCUGCAAAAUGCCUGUCUUUCUGGGGCAUGUGAGCGGUACACAAGGAUUUUAACUUGAAAGUAUUUGUACAACCUUUCACUGGACAACUCACGACAUGGCCUUUUGUAACGUGUUCCUUCAAGUGAGCUAAUAAAAAAAUUGUAUUAAAUGCUUUGUAUCUGUUAAAUAGCUGCUUGCAACCAGUUCCAACACACUUGAACACAUUUCAUUUCAAUGCAGUUUACAAUGAAGCACAUAGACUACCCCUCAAUGUCUAAAACGACUUGCCACAAAAAUACAAGAAAACAUGUUACCCAAAAGUUAACUCGGCUAAUGCUUUAACACAAAACCCCUAAAAAAAUAAGGUAUGCUGUCAAUUUAAAUAUACAAUCUGCAAAAUAUUUACUUUAGACAGAAUAAUACUGUAAAUUGUAUUUGCGUGCUUGUGUGAUAUUAUAGUAUUUGCAAAUGCAUUGUACAAUUUUUCAUGCGUUUUCUUUGUAUUAUAACCAUAGUAAUUUUUCAUGCGUUUUCUUUGUAUUAUAACCAUAGUAAUUUAGGUUAUCUACUGUUUCUUGGUUAGCAGGAAUCCACUGUUUUUACUAUUGUGAUCAACUGUUUUUGAUUUUACAAUGGGGAUAGGUUGAUUGGCAACACUAAAUUGGCCCUAGUGUGUGAAUAUGUCUAUCUGUGUUGGCCCUGUGAUGGAUGGACAAUGUUUUACUGUUGCUAUUUUAAAAUUGCUUGCCGUAGUUUUAACGGUCACUUUUUACAGUGUAUAUAUGGUAAAUGGGUUAUACUUGUAUAGCGCUUUUCUACCUUCAAGGUACUCAAAGCGCUUUGACACUAUUUCCAC